AUGGCCACCAAGAUCCCAGCUGAGAAAUCUGGGAAAUGUCAGUGUGAGACACACCAUUCUAAAAGCAUCCUGUACCAGAUCCUUAACAAAGAGCAUGGAAGUGAGACCAAGUGGCACCAGCAGCAUUGCAGUCCCCACUGCACCACAAGAAGCAAAGGCUGCCCUUGUUUGGACAGGAGAAGAGUUGUCCUGAGAACACCAGAAGCCACAUGCAGAAGAGCUUCUGAAGUGCUGUUGAAGACUUCAACUUUUAUUAGAAACUUACCUUCUUUUUAUUACAUGCCUUGGGAGGAUCAGUUUGUCCUCAUACAACGGAACUGGGCCCCUCUUUUUGUCCUGGGCAUGGCACAAGAAGGGGUGGAUUUUGACCUGAGAGAGAUCCCAGACACCAGUUUAUUGAAAAAAAUCCUCCUCAAUCAGUCUUCAACAGCUAUGAAUGAACUGGGCAGCUCAUCAGCAGGAGCAUCUUUAGCAGAAGUUCAGAAGAUGAAGAAUUUAUUGUGGAAAUUCUGGGAUCUGGACAUAAGUGCAAAAGAAUACGCCUAUCUUAAAGGAAUUAUUCUUUUUAAUUCUGGUAAGUCCUUCGAGAAAAGACACAAAUGA